AUGGACGAAUGUGAGAGUCUGUAUUCAGAGAUGACGGAGCUGCAGGAGUUUCAGUGUGAAGCUUCAGAUGUCAUGAGCCAGGAUGAUGAAGAUGAAUUGGAAGAACUACAAAACAGUCUCCGAGAAGUUGUCCAGGACCCAUCGGUGAAGCCCAAGCUCCAAUGCCUAAUGGUGGAUCCGUCGUUCUCGAUGGUAACAGUUCAGAGCGAGGAUAGUGGUAUUGUUUGGGAGACGGCCUCUAGCCGCUGCUCUACUCCGUGGGCCUCUGAGACGAGCUCCACCUCUGAAGCUUACAGCAUGGAGGGCUCUGGAGCUGCAGGAAAGAUCACCAUCGUCUUUGAUGAGGAGAAAGUAGUCCGCAGGAGGACGAGGUCUGGAGGACGAAGCAGUAGGCUCGGGGACAGGCUGAGCCGACCUGGUAGCUCAAGAUCGGCUUCAGCUCUAGGAGUGGAGAGACCGGAGAUGGCAGAGGUUUCACUUCCCAAUGUCAAGCAGGAAAACAGCAAAACAGAGACGGACUUGGAGGAAAUCAAAAGCAAAGAUCAGCAGCUUUUUAGUUUGAUUUCAGAGGGUUAUGAGAUUCUUAACAUUAGAGUCCCCUCUAAACUACCCACUGUGGACGAGGAGGAGAGUACAGAGCUGCAGGACAAUUUGUCUUAUCUGGAUCAGACUCCAAAGAUCAAGUCUCAUAACCACAUUGAGUGGACGUUGCAAGAUAAUCAAGUCCUGCCAGAGGGGGAGGAAAUACUGGAACACCAGGAGCCCUCAAUGCAAGAUUCUUCUCAGCCAUCAGCAGACACAGAGCUUGGACACACACCCACUCAGAGAGAAAGCACCAGUGACAUUGACUAUUUCGAGAAGUUUACCCUUUUGGAUGUGGUGGCUCCUGGAGAACAAGCAGAGCUGCAGGAGGAGUUUAAACAGCCUGCAGCAAAACUCCAAGCUGAGGAACAAAAGCCUGCUGGAGAAACAGCCACAGGCGCCCCCUCUGCAUCUGAGGACUCUUUCGUGUUUGUUUCGGACGUAGAUAUAGUUGGGGAACACCUUGAUGAGGUCUUCUAUGGAGAAGGACUUCCUGCUGAUGCACUACAUCAGAGAGAAGAGGACAAGACUGAAAGCCAAGGAGGGAUGAGAAGCAGACGAGAAAGCCAGAGGUCAACGAAGGGCAGCGGAUCAGUGUUGUUUGAGACUGAAGAGACCACUCUCACGCCCAUCUUUAUCUCUUCUGGACCUCCUAAGAUCAUUGACCCGAUCCUGCUGGAAGAGCCCACUGCCAUGUCCUUCAUGUACUCUGACCUUUACGAGGAUGCUGUGGGUGAGAGGAGGAAGAGUGAUGAGGAAUACUCUGAGGCAGAGAGCGUGGCAUCUGAGAAGUCUUACAGGAGACGUUUGUCAGAUUCAGAGGAGUCACAUGGGUACCUGGAGAAGUUCAUUUUAAAAGACGAAACUCCUACGCUGGAUGUUCAACCAGAGCCGGUGGCCAGUGAGAGUGAAGGAAGGAUGAUGUGGCCGCAGAGUAAGUUUGAAAUGACAGGAUGUUUAAUACGAGUGCCAGAAGAAGAAAAGAAAGAAAAGGUGAAGAAGGAGGAACCAGAGGUGCAGGAAGUGCAACUCUCUGAGGCUACUCAGGAGGAGACUAUAGGAGUGACCUCGGAAGAUUCAGGUCAGGAGUCUAAACCACCAGAGAAAAAAAUGGAAGAUCAACAAAUGAAGCUUGAAGAUAAGACAGACAAGACCGAGUCUUCUGAGUGCAGCUCAGAAAAGCCACUUCCUGAAACUCACCAGGCGGACUGUAAAGUAGACCAUACACAACAGAGUGAGGGUCAUCAGAGAGAAGAAGAAAAAAAGUGUGAGCAAAGCUGCACUGAACCCGAGCAUGCCUGUGAGGAGGUGUUAGUAAAGACUGAUGGAAAGACGCCUGUAGUGCAUGCAGAUGUACAAGCACCUGUAAGCAGCGAGGUGCCUCCUGCGGUCAUUAAAUCUGAAGUACAAGCAGAAGCCUGGAAGAUGAGUUUGUCUGAGGAGGUUGUUUCUGACACCAAAAUAGAGUCUGCUGAUGAAGAACUAGUAACCAAAGCAGAGGACUUAGCUGAAGUGAAGGAACCUGAGACUGUAACACAGGAAACGUUCACUCUGACUGAACCCUCGGCUCAAACACCAGCGUCACAGCACAAAGAGGCCGAAGAUGUUGGACCUGUUGAGGUUAUCACAGACUGUGAUGCUGCAGUGCACACUGUUGUGGAGGUAACGGAAAAAGCAGUGAAUGAAAAAGAGAUUCAAACCCAAGUUUGUGUUGAUCUUCAGGAAGUGAGAAGUAUUCCUGAAGGACACGAACCUCUGACAGGGGAAACUACUGCUGAGGACAAGUUGGAUAAAGAAGGGUUAGAGGUCACAGCCACGUCCAUUGAAGUAACCAAGCCUGUUUCAGAAGCAGUCAUGACAGAUGCAGAUGAGAAACUUCAUGCAACCCUUAAAACUCAGCAGAAGCAACAAGACAUGGCUGAUGAUGAAUCAGACAAAACAAACUCUAAAGUACCUUCAGAGACCAGUAGGACUUUGGUUCAAGACAUACUGACCGUAGGUGAUGAGCUAAUCCUCCUCGUCCCCAAAGGAGAAGCUGUAGAGAUGGAUGUAGAGAUCAGCCAGUGGUCAGAGAAAGAUACGGUUCCUCUCCCUGAGUCUAACAGCACAGCUGAACUUCAGGCACCAGUAGAAGAAACAAUGAUGGAGCCUGAAGUCAAAGUAGAACCAGAAACUUCUGCAGAAGAAAAAGAACAAACCAGGAAUGAUUUCGAUAUGGACUAUUCGCCACCUGCACCUGUAGAGGAAGCUGACUCCAAGGAGGCGAAGAUUCAGAGACCCAUAGCAGAAGACAAAAUCAUCUUUACUCCCCAAGAGGAUUCAUAUGAAGUGCACAGAGAGGAAAUACAUCCUGAACAAACAGUCGUAGAACAGAUGGCAGAGAUCCACGAGAUAGAAGAAACAAGCGUUAUUAAAGCAGAUCUAGUUCCACAUGUUGAUCUGCACAGAGAGGAUGUUGAGCAACAAAUGGAGGAAGAUUGGGGAUUAGCAGAGCGCCCAGAUGUGCCUGAUGUUGAGAUGGAAUAUGAAGUGAUUUCUAAACAGGAUGCAAAGGAGAUGCCAGAACCUGAAACACAGAGAGAUGUGGCUGGGCUAUUACCACAGCCUACUCUGAAGAAAGAAGAGGAUGAAGAGAUGGUGGUAGAGAAGGUAGAUUAUUUCCCAGAAGAAGAAGAAGAAGAAAUGAUUGAGGCUGACUAUGAAAUAAUCGACGCAGAGGAGGAAAUGCAGGCCCAGUUAGCUGCUGAGCUACAGGGGAUGGACUGGUUCUGUCUCACCUGUGGAUUUCUGCUGUCAGAGAAAGACUGCAUGUCUGGAGAGCAUCACAGCCAUGAUGUGACUGCCGUGGAUACGGCUUACGAAGAAAUAAAGGAGUCGCUGAGUGGUUGGAUCUCAGAUCUUCAGGAGAGAUCGGAGAACAUCGAGGACUUGGUGUCAGAGCUGGAGCUUGCCUACAACUCUGUGGAGGAUCAGUUCAUAGAGAGCGAGGCGGCCAUGAAGGCUCAGAACAAGGAGAUGAUGGACGUGGUGAUGGAGCAGUACAAUAACAUGUCUGUCAGCAUGGAGGAGGAAAAGAAGACCAAGCUGGAGCAGCUCUAUGAUCAGAUUGUCUCCUUCCAGGAGAGCAUUGACUCGGCCAAGGCCAUUCUGGAGACCGCAAGCAGAGAGGCUGAGACUGAGGCCAGGUCGCCUGAAGACAUUCAUGCAAGAUCGCUCACACUUUAAUGCUGAUUCACGUUGUGGUUUAUGGUCAGACUUACAGCAGCUCUGGACUCAGCCUCGACAAUGGAGCUGGGUCCCAAGGGACUGCUGGUGUUUGAGGACUAUGCCAAGGCCAACACUUCAAGCUCAAACCUCGCACAGCGCAAAGGAAUCCCAGUGCCCCAGAGGCCGACACUGCUGCCGCAGGAGCUGGGCUCAGCCACCAGCACCAGCAUCACAGUUUACUGGAAAGUCAACCCUGGAGAUAUCAUAGACUGCUUCCAGGUCUACUGCAUGGAGGAUCCACAGGGCGCUGUGUCAGAGGAGUACCGUGUGACAGUAAAGGAGAGUUACUGUGUCCUGGAGGACCUAGAAUCUGACAAGAUGUACAAGGUGUGGGUGAUGGCUGUCAACUAUACAGGCUGCUCUCUGCCCAGCGAGAGACUCACCUUCAGAACUGCUCCUUCAGUGCCAGUGAUCGACACAGAGCGCUGCAGCGUCCUGUGGGAUUCGACUACUCUGAGAUGGAGCUCAGCAGAACAGGCUCCUGGACAGAGUUACACUUUGGAGUACUGCCGACAGUAUGAACUGGAAGGAGAAGGGCUCAGAUCCAUCUCAGGUAUCAAAACCUGUGAGCAAAAGAUUCUCCUGCAGCCCAGUGAGAAUUACCUGUUUUACAUCAAAGCUGUGAAUGAGGCUGGGGCCAGUGAACAGAGCGAGGCUGCACUCAUUUCCACAAAAGGGACGAGGUUCCACCUGCUGAAGGCAUCAGCUCAUCCUGCUCUCCAGCUCUCAGAGAACCAGACCACUCUGCACUAUUCCCAGGAUGCACACAAAACCGCCUCGCUCACAGACACACAGUUUCCAUCCAUCCUUGGUGAGCUGCUGCCAGCACGAGGGAUCUAUUACUGGGAAACCAGCGUGUCACAAAGUAUGGCCUACAGGCUUGGAGUGGCAUACAGCACAGCCAACAGAAACAGCUCACUGGGGGGAAACAGCCUGUCCUGGUGUUUGCAGUGUACUCCCUCACCAUCAGGUUUCAGGUAUCAGUUACUCCAUAAUGACAUUCAGUCCAGCGUGUUUGUAACUGAGACGCCUGACAAAGUGGGCACUCUCCUGGACUACCAGCUCGGUCGUCUGUCUUUCUACAAUGCCCAAAGUGGUCAGUUAUUAGGCACCUUCAGACAGAACUUCACUCAGCCAUGCCAACCCGCUCUGGCUUUGGAGUUGCCUGGCAGCCUGGAGCUCAGCAUGGUGCCGGUGGUGCCGGAGUUUACCAAGGACAGCUAGCUCUGCUAGUAGCCUAACACAGUGGAGAGUUUACAGGUCACGAUGGACUCUUAAAAUGUUGAAGAAUAAUGUAGAAGAGAUGAUUCCUCUAAAGCUAAUAUAUGGGUUUGUGUGUUGUUAGCUGACGGAAGAACGAUCACUUCAAGCAUCCUUGGGUUUCUUGAAAGGUGGAAUACAAAUCUAUGUUAUUAUUAUCAGUACUUCAACCACAUAGAGCUUUAAAAGCUAGUUUUCUGCAAUUGAAUUCAAAUUAAAUAUGUAUCUGGGUAAAAAAAAAAUGCCUAAAAAGGACACUGUCAAUUUAAAAAAUAGAGGUUCUAUUUCAUAUAAAUGGAUUUAAAUUAAGUGCUUUGAUUUAUUUCCCCCGUUGAUGAGCGUGAAUGAAAAAUGAAAUGUGAAAAAUGUUAUAAUUCUGAACCAAACAUGUGACAAUCUUUUACUGUUUUUGUAAACGUUUUUCUAAUUUCACCCAGUUCAUUCAAUCCCUUCAUCACAGAUACUGUUAGUAAAUGCUCUAAUAACAUAUAGAUGUCCGAACACAACCACUGUAUAAUUAGUCCUUCAACAAAUUAUUACUCAAGUUUUCUUUUGUUUUGUUUUUUUUGUCACCACAAAGUUUUAGACUGAGUUUGUGUCUCCGAACAUACACUGUGGCACUUUUUAAACUGUUUCAUAAUGUGAAUAUGUUUGUUUUGUGUAAAUAACCUUUUUAAAGAGAUGCAAUCAGUUCUUUGUUUCUUAUGUGUGACUGUCAACAAAUGCAGAUCAGCUGUUUUUCUUCUUCUGUCUUGUA